GGAAUAGAGUGGAGCAGUGAUUCCCAGCCGGCAGUGAUGAAAAUAUCGGAGACCGUUCUGAGGAGGAAGCUCUAAACUCUGGUGACACGCGCUGCAUUUCGCUCUCGACAACCGUAGCUAGAUAGAUCCCCAUGGACGUCUUCGCCAACGCUGUCGGCGUGCGCCCACCGGCGCCCAUCGUGCUUCUGGACGAGGAACAGCAGCGUAUCAUUCGCGACGGCCAAAGCCAGCGAGGUCAGCCGCCGAUCGAUGACGCGCAGCCAUCGCGUACCGGUUCAUCCGGCAACGACGCACUGUUCGUGCCCACAACGCCCCCCAUGCUGCCCAUUCCGCAACACGUAGCACCGCAAGCACCGCCGCCGCCCACGACCACCUACCUACGCACCGACUUUACGACGGGACGGCGUCCUGCUGCAUCCGUCACCACUACGAACACUCAGAAGUCUCACGAACUGGGCGAUGGCAUCCGCACCAACUUCACCACCAACCGCCAGAAUCCGAACCCGGUCGCGGCGUUCAUGAAGGAAAACGCGCCGGAUAAUUCCUUGUCGAAUUCUCUGUCGGCUCCGACGGACUACGCCAAUGUGGAACCCACGGCGAUGCCGUUCAUCUCCAGUACAGACCCCCCACCGGAAGAUGCCCGACCGGACCCGACCAGGGGCUUUCGAGGCAACGGCACCAACCUCAAACUGUCGGUCAGGUACAUGAUUAUUGGUGCCAUCGUCGGUAUCGCACUGGGUAUCGUGUUCGCCCACGUCGGCGUGUCGGACAUCACGGCGCAGUGGAUCUCGCUACCCGGCGACCUGUUCCUGCGAGCUGUUAACGCUCUUGUUGUGCCCUACGUGUUCUGUUCAGUAGCCGUAGCUGUGGGAGAUAUUGUUUUCGUAGGCAAAGUGUCGAUCGUCGGACUUCAAACACUCAAGAUCUUCGCGACAGGGUGGGUGGUCUCGACAGCAUUGGGUAUCAGUGUGGCCUUCGUCUUCCGUCCACUCUUCCGACUCAAGAACAAAUACGCCAGUCCAGAUGCUAAUGCUGUGGGGUUGACGUGUCCGAACGGCUUGAUGCUGGAAAUGCUGAGCAACAGCAGUAUCACGUGCUCUUCGAACGCUACCGCGUUGUCAUUGGAUAACGCCUUCGUUCUGGACGACGUGAACGACGUCUUUGAGACGAACAGCGACGCGGUCAUCACCGACCUGACGCUAAGCAAGCAGCUCAUCUCGACGCUAGAGUCCGUGGUACCGGACAACAUCUUCUCCUCUCUGGCUGACGGCGAUCUACUGGCUAUCAUCACCUUUGCCAUGGUACUGGGUUCAAUCGCAGGGCGAAGCUACUUCUCCAAGACCCGUCGGGUGAACUACCUGUACCUGGUGCUACUGCAGCUACGUAACACCUUCUUCCUGGCCAUGGAGUGGGUUAUCUGGAUCACACCUGUCGCCGUUGUCUCCACCAUCUCUGGAGCUUUUGCGUCUAACCAAGACGCUGUGAGUCAACUCCCCAAGGUCUACAUGUUCUUGGUGGCCUGCAUCUCAGCCGCGGCACUGCAGAUCCUGGUCGUAUACCCGUUCGUCAUCUUCCUGCUCGCGCGAUGCAACCCGUACGCGCACAUGCACCACAUGAUCCGGUCGUAUCUGUUCGCAUUCGGCUCUUCGUCGUCACUGGCCACUGCUCCCGUGACUCUCGGCUGCGUCCAGAAAGCGCGCGUGUGUUCGCAGUCGAUCGCCACCUUCGUCGUCUCUAUCGGCGUCGUCACCAACAUGUCCGGGUCUGGAUGGUACUAUCCCAUUGGUAUUAUCUUCCUGGCCGAGUCGUCUGGCAACGGCGACGAACUCACGUUCCUACGUCUCGUAGCAAUCUUCUUCCUCACGAUCGUCGCCUGUGCCGGUACGCCGCCUGUGCCGAACGGAGGUAUGGUGCUCAUGUCCACCAUGUACAAGACCGUCUUCGGCGUCAGUACGCUGCCAUCGACAUGGGCGCUGUACGUCGCCCUGGAUUUCUUCGCAGACCGCCUGUCGACUAUCUGCAACGUCAACGAUGACAUUAUGGCGCUCAAGGUCAUCGCAGAAAACACGGACGAGACGGUGGCAGGAGACCAUCUCGGCCAGCGCAACUAGCUCUUAUUAGUACAGUUUGAUCUCUUUUUUCGUUCUGUGGCACAUUAAAUAGUUCGAUUAUAUGUAUAUCUCCGCUUCGAUGGAAUUGAGGCUUCAAUGCUGGGAAGUAAUAUACACUGGACAGGUUUACUUGCGCUGAUUGCCGUCGUUAUCGCCGUGAUCGUCGUAUG